UGAUUAUGAUUCAAUAUAAAUUAAUCAUUAAAUCAUUUCAGGUUAGUAAUUGAAAGAAAAUGAUCUCUCGUGAUUAUCAACAACUGAAUAUAUCAAUUGCUUGGCGUAAUCUUAGCUAUGAAGCUAAAGAUUUAUUUUUUAAUCGAAAAUUAAUUCUUCGACAAUUGAAUGGCCAUCUCGAAUACCAAAGUUUAAAUGGAUUUCUCGGCCCAAGUGGUGCAGGUAAAACAACCUUAUUGAAUUGCCUAAAUGGUACGUUACGAUCUGGUAUGUCUUCGAAUUCAGAAAUUUACCUAAGUCUGCAAGAGCAACAGACACCUGUGAUUCGCAUGAUUGAACAACAUGUUCAUGAAACUAUCCUGAACCAAAUGACUAUUCGUCAAGUGCUCUACUAUGCUUUCCGGUUCAAAAAUGAUCGUCGACAUUGGUUCGAGAUGGAUCGACACAUUACUAAAGUAUUAAGUGAACUUUUGCUGGACGAAAGUAUUUUGGACAACAAAUUCAAAUUGUGUUCGGGUGGUGAACAAAAAAGAGUAGCCAUAGCUCAAGAACUUAUGUCAUUGCAACAACCAAGCUUUUUGUUUGUAGACGAACCGACUACGGGUUUGGACAGUAAUUCGGCCUUAUUGGUCACACAAUGUCUACGAAGAUUAGCUGACCAUAACAAUCGUCUGACCAUUCUAGUGUCAAUUCAUGCACCAAGUUCGGAUAUUUUAAAUCUAUUCGACAAACUUUAUAUUCUCUCGAAAGGUGGCGUCUGUAUAUAUUCAGGUGAACCAAAAAAUUUGCGAUUCAAAUUGGAAUCAAAUUGUCAUCGUGAAGUGAAUGAAGAAAAACCUGCAAUAGAAGAAUAUCUAAAAAUUGCAUGCUAUGGAAUUGACAACGAACUUGUUCGCCAACUGGCAGAUACAACAGUUAAUGAUGAACAAAUAACAGAACCAUUAUCUCAAAUCCGUGAACGAUUGAAAUUUUUGGAUCGAGGAAUUCGAAGAAAUCGCAAAUCUUUAAGCAUGGGCGAUUUAUUUCUUCAAUUAUAUAGAAUGUUUGAUAUUUUGUUGAUCACUGAAUAUGAAAAAUUUAUCAUACGGAUUGUUCUGCUAACAGUAUUAUCGAUAAUACUAAAAUCUGCAUUCAAUCCACGAAUGGUUCAACCGGAAACUUGUGUACCGAUCUAUGAAUAUGAAAAUGGAUCCUAUUCCAGAUGUUUAGAUAAAUUAAAUGAUGAAGAUUACAAUACACAGUAUAAAGCAUUUCUGGGGCAUUGUACUUUGGAUUUUUCUUUAAUUUUAAUUAUCAUGAACAUCAUAUCAUUUCUGCAAAUUUUCAAAGUUUUUCGUAAUGAACAUCGUAAUCAAUGGUACAGUUUGGGAGCAUUUUACAUCCCCUUUUCAAUCGUUUGUUUCAUCGAAUUUUGUUUUAUUUCAUCAUAUAUUGUCGUGCUAUUAUAUUUUCUAAUCGAUCAUUCAUAUGUUGAUGGACAUCAAAUCAAUUGGCGUCGUUUAGGCAACAUGAUCUAUUUUCGAUGGAUGUAUGAUCUUUACCUGCAAAGUUUUGCCUUAUUAAUGAGCAUAAUAUUUUCAGAAAAUUUUAACGUAGCAUUAAUUGCUGGGGCAUUUACUGCACAAGCACUUCAUGUUUUUAGCGGUUCACUUUAUAAUCUGGAACAAAUAGAAAAUCCCGCAAUGAAAAUAUUAGCUAAUAUUCUAAAUUCAAAAGUACCCGUCAAUGGUUGGCUAUAUUCAUUUUAUGUUUUGGAUCGUUGUGAUUCGGAGAAAGAAAUUUCUUAUAUAAUGCUCGAUUAUGGUAUCGAUACGACUAAAAUCUAUAGUGAUGUACUAAAAAUCUUGACUAAUAUUGUAUUGCUUCGAAUAAUAACAGUUAUCAUAAUGUUUUUUCGAUUCUCAGCUGACUUAUCGACAAAAAGAUUUUUACAAUCAAAUAUCGAUAAAUUAAAACCAAUAAGUUUUAAUACAGCAAUCGAUUCCGGUUCUGAGAAUGUUAAUAUCGAUAAAUCAGAUGUAACUCGAAGCAAAGGAAUUGAAGAACUUGAUUUUGAAAAAUUUACACGAGGUAAAAUUAUGAUCGCAUGGCGUUAUGUUACAUUGUUUGCCACAACAUCAAUAUAUGAAAUACGUUCUGCUAAAGAAAUUAAACCUGAUUCUAAGCUAAUAUUAAGAAAUUUAAAUGGUCAGUUUAGAUUCGGAACUUUGAAUGCAUUGAUGGGACCUUCAGGUGCAGGCAAAACAUCAUUAUUGAAAGUAUUGAAUGGUCAAAUGAAAACAAGAUUAAGCGUAGAAAGUGAAUUCUUUAUAACCAAAUAUUGUCCAACUCGAGUAUGUUAUAUAACGCAAGAAGUGUCUGGCCAUUUGAUGCCAGGUCUCACCGCAUUACAAAGUUUGAUCUAUGCAUCUAGAUUGAAAAAUGCUUUUGAAUCAUCUUUAGUCAAUCACGAAAAAAUAGCCAGAAAUUUAUUGAAUGAACUGGGCAUGGCUGAUUCUGCUGACACUUUUGUUCAGAAAUGUUCCGGUGGAGAACGAAAAAGAUUAGCUCUUGGAUUAGAAUUGACCAGUCUUCGAAUGCCGAAUCUUAUCUGUAUUGAUGAACCAACCAGUGGAUUGGACAGUAAUUCGGCUGAAGUUGUAAUCGCUUGUUUACAUCGAGUAGCACAGCAGCAUAAUCUUACCAUAAUUGCAAGCGUUCAUCAACCAAAUUUCGAAAUUUUGAUGAUGUUUGAUCAUCUAUACGUAUUGGCUAAAGGAGGUGUAUGUGUGUAUUCAGGAAAUCCAACAAACAUUAAACAAUAUCUUUCAGAAAUAUUCAAAGAUGAAAUGAUAAAAAAUGAUGCAUUUCCCGUAGAAAAAUUGAUUAAAUAUUCUUGUUUGAAUCAUUCGAAUCCUUUAAUUCAGAAAUUAGCCACAAAAGCUGAUGAAAUAAUUUUACAAGAAAAUCUAAAUGAGGAUACUAUAUUGGUCAAAGAUGGUAUACAAACGAAUAUGAAUCGUUUUUCAUUACGACAUUCGUUGAUUUUGAUUCGCCGAUAUUUUACCUUUUUCAAAGGUUAUCAAUGGCUUCCAUUUUCAAUUUUCACAUUUUUGUUAAUUUGGCAAGGUAACAAUCUUCGAUCAAUGUUCAAUGCAAAGAUUGCUGAGCCAAAUGGAUGUAUCGAUUGGGAUGAUGAUUAUAAUAAUACUUGUAAUGAUAAUGAGAAAAAUGACGAAUUAUUUAAUCUUAAACUUAAUUUUGUUCGCAAUUAUGCAAUACUAUUUACUGAAACUUUAUUCCUAUUGUUGCAAACAUCAUUUAUUUUUAAUAAAGAUAUUCCAUUUUUCUGGAACGAACAUCGUAAUGGUUGGUACAGUGCCGGUGUAUUCUAUUUAACACGAAUCAUAAUCGAAUGGAUACAGAUAAUGGCAGUAUUAGUCAUAUUCGAUUAUAUAAUUGAUAUUUAUGAACCAAUUCAAUCAGGAAUGUAUUUUUGGCAAUGGUUUUUUCAUUUUAUGGCAGCCAUUUCUAUGCAAGGUGCCGGAUAUCUAUUUGCUAUAAUGACAAAUGAUGAAGGUGAUUUCAAUACAUUGGCUAUUUUAUUGGUCGGUUUGGGAAUAUUGAAUGCACUAUUGUCUAAUGGCGGUACACCCAUAAAACAAUUACAUUAUUUUUAUCAAUUUUUAUCAAACAUUUCACCAUUACGAUUCGCAAUCGAAGCAAUUCUGGUACGUUUAUAUGGUUUUGGCCGUUGUCUACCUCGACAAACAUCAGCAUUAUUAUAUAAAUUACGUAUUGAUAAUGAUGAAUAUUUUUAUCAUUGCAUCAUAAUGAUCAUUAUGAAUGUUAUAUUCUAUCAUUCAUUAGCAUUGACAGUUUUAUUGAUCAAAUCGAAUCCAUUUAAUCGACGUCGACAUCGCGCAGAAAAAAUUCUUGAACAUCAUCAAAAACUUGAACGAAUUAAUGUCGCUAUACCUGGACUUAGUUGUCAUCAUGAAUUUACAAUUAGACAAAUUCAAAUUUAAUCAUCAUCAAAAAUUUUAUUGAUAAGAAAUAAAAUGUUAAUCAAACUGGCAUAGUAAUAUUAUUAAUAGA